GAAUGCCCGUGACAUCUAGUUCUCAAGUAUUUCUCCAUCACGCCAGUCAUGAGCCACGCUUUCCUAUAAGACCCUUCCGACACCAUUCCCUCCUCCAUCGCAAUUUCCUGCACCUACGUCAGAAUUUUCUGAAAGAAAUCGUGUAGCAGCGUCUUGUCAGUGGUGUCAGAGGCGGGGAGUCCCUGCCAGGAGCCUGAGUGAUUGUGAUUGUGAUCAGACGCCAUGGAGAUCGGGUUGAAGCAAUGCUGUACUUCCGUGGCGUCGAUGAGUUUGAUAAGUGCAGUGCUGCUGUUGGCGAUGGUGUCCACGUCUGCACAUGGGGAAGGCCAGCAGCACCCUUGUAGCGUGAAGGCACUCAUGCCCUGCUUGCAAACUGUCAAGGGCCCUUACCCUCCCGAGCCUGAUCACACCUGCUGCAUCGCCGUGAUGGAGGCAAACCCUAGCUGCCUCUGCUCCGAGUACGUUAACUCCAACUUCUCCCCGAACUUCAUCAAAAACGUGCUGGCGAUGCCCAAAGCCUGUGGCCGCACCAAUCUCAGUGGCUUUCAUUGCGGCAUAUAUACCAUCGACUGAACGACGUAAACCUGCCGUGAGUUCAUACAUGGAGAACAACCCCGGGAGUGAAAAUGCAUGGACAUGGAUCAUCAGAGGAUGCAUGGACAUGGAUCAUCAGAGGAUGUUGUAACUUCGAAUUAGGUUUGUCACUAAGAUUGUCGCUACCCAGUGGAGAACUAUGCGAAGUAAUUCUACAAAUCUUCAACACGAUCAAAAGUUGAAGGUUUCUUCAAGAUCAGCAUAGAAGCUCAAAUUGAACCUUAAAGCUUUUCGCACGUGCUUGCAACUAGAUCACAAGGCAUUAACAAGCUUCCAUUCAGCCUUAUCGGUCAUUCCAUAUACUUCAAACACGUCACGAGUCAUCUGUGUGGUUCGGCGCUCCUUUCGGGGAAUCAUAAAUCGCUCCCACAGAUAUUUCAAUCACCAGGAACCCAAGUGACACAUUCUGCUAACCAGCUUGUUCUGGCCGAGGUUAUCAAAACAUACUUUGUGGAGAAAAGUCUUGGGGGAACACGAUGACGCUCUGGAGCUCCUGUCGCGCUGCGAAAGAACACCGAGAGUCGCCGCAGUAGUUAAUACAUGCUGUAUUUACUCGGCUUAUCCCUCCCCGCCUUCGGAUCUUUAAUGGGAGUGAAACCAGUGUGGUGGAACAGUGGUUCGCAUUAGGGUUCUAAACAAGGGUUUGGCGGCUAACACCACAAUUAGCACGAAGUGGGUUUGUGGGACCAAAACCGUUCAGGGCGUUGUGUGCGGACGUGCUCAGGAAGAUGGCUCGGCAGACGCGACGGUGGCUCCCACAGUGUCUGAGGCAGGUCGCACGGCGUAACAGGCACGAAAGGACGACCAGGUGAAACCGGAGGUGAUUGCUGCGACAGCUAAUCUAGGUAAGUUUGCGGCCAUCAACCCAAUUCACGCUAUGCCUGGGAGAGAAACUGCCUGAUGGUUUAUCUCGCAGCUGCACCGGGUUUUUACCGUGCACCAAAGUCGUCGAAGUCCAACUAGAUAUAGAAAAAGUUCAGAAAGAGAUGGAAUACCUCCAGGGAUGCAUGGUAAUUGCGUAUUUCGUGAGUGGCAGGCCUCCCACAAAAACGCUGCGAGCAUGUCUCGAUCACCUGAAAACAGAGAUACAUGAGGAUUUACUUCUAGGGAGAGACCUAGGGCACGGCUUUUUCCAGCUCAUAAGCAAAUACAUAGCAGGAACACAGAAGGUGUUGAUGCGGACCCUCCAUAUCCCACAAUGGGGGCCCUGCAUCAUCCAAUCGUAGGUAGCGGACAUCGUAUCCAAUCGUCAGGUCGGCAUGAAAAUGCCAACCUGGAUCACGCUCAAAGCUGUGCCAGAUGAAAUGGUAAGCAGUGUUAGAGACAUAGCCCAGAGUCUUGGCCGGGUAUUGGGAAGAGACAGAGGAAACCGUAGAAGUGCGGACCAAAAAUUCUGUGUAGCGCUAACGAACGGGAGUCCACACGCACUCACCAUUGGAGCAAUAAAUCCAGUAACGGGGAAAGCGGCACGCAUCCAAGUCGAUUACAACCAUCUGCCCAUCUGAUGCCGUUACUGUCUUUCGGCGGCACACUUGAUUCAUGACUGCACAACUCUCUCGGGGGCAAAAAACCCAGCAAUACGAGAGGACCUUCGCCCAAUGAAUCAUCCCCAAACCAGAGCACGCUACCAGAUGAACUGUCCUCACCAACACAUAAUAAUCAACCAGCGGCUCCCACUGCAAGGACCGUUGGUGUGAUCAGCAAAGUUGACCAAGCAGCUUCCGACCCGAGGAGCUUAGCUGCUGUGAAUGCUCGUGUUUGCACCAUAGGCCACACCAUUUCGGAGGGCAAAUUUAGCACUGUCACGAAAGCCCACAUUGACAAAGUCGAACAGCAGGGAGAGCAGAUUCUCGCACCAAGUCAUCUGGCUUUGAUCGAGGUACAAGAGAGAAUACUUUGGGUGCAUUUUUGAAUUUGCAAGUUAGCGAAUGAACGCAUGAAUGCUCGCCAGGUAGAAUACAGCGGAGGGAAUGACGGAGGGUGAGUGUGACGCGAUGUGAGUGGGGUGAUGAAUAAUGUGCUAAGAAUUCGUCGCCGCAAUUUACACAAUCAGUCCAAAGCAUCAAUCUUUGACAAAAUGUACACUUUGUUCUUGUAAAAAAUUCCUCGACAAUUUGAGUGCGAAAAUAUACUAGUUCCCCCAUUGAAAACA